AGUUGUCUACUUUUAUUUAUUGUUUAGAAUUACGUAUUUGUUUUUAUUAAUAUUUUUGUUUAAACCUCUUCUUUUAAACUUACCUUCUACAAAAAAUCUGAUUAUAUGAGUCUGUUGUCAUAAAGUGUAUUAUAAAUUGUGUGAUAAAUUAAAACUUAUGCCAGCUAGUACAUUGGUAGUAGAUAAGAAAUUAAAAGAAAAGUAUUCAAAAGCCCAAUUUCUUUACGAAUGGAGGCAAAAUUAAAGGAAUAUCGGGCCUUACGACGCCGAAAAGAAUUGGUAGAAAAUACGAAAGAAAAGAUAAGAAAGUCGAAAGAUAAAAUUGUCAACUUUCUGAUACCACAAGUUUUUUUAGACAUGGCCAAAGAUAGAAGCGAAGAAGAGGUUUUGCUCAUUGAAAAUGAAGAACAAAUACCUCAGAAAUUCCAACCUCUACAAACUGAAGACCCGAGUGAUAUAACUUCAGAAGCAAGUGAACUGGAAUCCUUAGAAGAUGAGCCGAAAGAAUCUUGGCAAUAUUUUGCAAUUAAAUGGUCAAUCGGCUCUAUUAUCUGGUUAUCUUUGUACAUGUACUUCUUACAGAUACAGUUUGGUGCUGUAUUUUUUGUAGUAUCUGUUUUAAUAGGUAUUUGCGUUAACACUAGGACAACGCCUAAAAAGCGAGGUGAAGUUUCAGCUUACAGUGUUUUCAAUGAAAACUGUGUGAGUAUAGAUGGCACGUUGAAAGCUGAGCAAUUCGAAAAAGAAAUACGGUAUGGAGCUGGUACAGUACGGUAAUUUUAAUGAUAUGAAAUAUUGAAGAGCAGUAUGUGACACCAUAAAUGCCGAUAUAUCGAGAAAAAUUGUAGGUUUCAGCAGUGGAUUUGUACUAGUAACACUAUUGUUUAAGUAAUUAUUAACUGUUUUCUUCACUUCAAGUUAAUACUAACUUAAAAUAUAUUGUAUUUAUUUGUUGGAGACUAUUUUGUUGGUAAUUAAAUAUGACUGAAAUACUUGAAAAAUGAAAUAGCACUCAGCUAGUGUUUUACUGUUAGUAAAGGAGAAUGAAUUGAAGAUUAUGAGGAUAAGAAUAUCCAUUCCUAUGUAAAAAUUGACAAUAUCUCAAAGUGAGCAAGUAUUAAAUGUUAUUUUAUAUAUGAAUUGUAAAGAGAAUAAAACUUGUAUAUAAAUCAGAAUUAUUUUAAAACUUUUAUAUAACUAUAAAUUUAAUUUAACAUUAUGUAUAAUAUGUAAUUUUUAGAACCUCAUGUUAUAUAAUUAUUAUUGUUCAAAGAAUUUUAAAUAUUUAUGUACUUGAGCAUACUUCCAAGUGUAGAAAUUGCACCAAAUUUUUAUUUAUAAUGAAUCUUAAAUCACUUCACGGACAGAUUUUCAAGAAUGCAGGUGUGUUUGACCUAUUCCAACCUAACUGGCUUGCAUUCUUUUUCAAAC